AUGUCACUGACAAGUAAGGACUACAAGCUAGCAGGGGAAAUAAUGGCAAUGUCAGUCAUGCAAGGUGGUCAGGCACCUAAUUUGACGUCUUCCAAGAUUUUUGAUUACUUACGUGGAAAGCUAUCAGUCAGCCAGAUUGAAUCUAGUACUACUAGAGAACUUUGUGAAAAGGUGAGGUUGCAAAUAGAUAAGCAAUGUAAUUAUAUGUUGCAAAUCAUAUUUGCACUUAUUAAUAUUUUGAAUUGUAUGCCACCAAAUUUUGUAUGAAUUUUUACUGAUUAUGGUAAAUGCUUCUAAGUCUGGUUGGCUGGACAACUACCCCAUCCCCCCUUGUGCACCCAUAGUGAUGCACUACUUCGUGUAAACCUUUUAUAUAGUGACUCAUAUGUGGAAUUGUUUUGUAGCACCUGGGGAUGAGGCAGCUCGACAACAGUCUUAUUUACUGUGGCAUUAUUUAGAUCAAAAGAGUCCUCAUUAAGGAUUUAUAAUAGAGAUCCAUUUAUAUUAGAUAAACAAAAAGGCAAAUAUAUUUGAAUUAAAAACAGGUUCUUUAUUCAAAUUAUUAGGAUAUAGAUUCAUGUCUCACUAAUAGGGUUAGCGGUUAGGGUUAGGGUGGAGAUUAGGGUUAGCAUUAUAAAUAGCGAGACAUGAAUCUAUAACCAAUUAUCCCCGAGCCGACAGCGCGAAGCGCCGUGCGAGGGUACUAAUUCCCCCCGGCUAUUUACACCCGGGGAAACGAAAGCAUUAGCGGGGUCUAAAGUUCAUCAAAUAUCGCGGGCGUGGCUCACCAACGAUGUUUCGGUGGGUGGUCAUCCUCACUGAUCUCAAAAUAUGUGGCGGACUGUCAUGAAUAGCGAAAACUGAUUGGUCCAAUUUAAAGUUUGCAUUAUAACGACUGCAUGACGACAGCGAAAUAGCAAACAUUUCUUGAUUUGAUGAUUGAUAAAUUUCUUGCAAAUAUCACAAAUAUAUUUCAUUUUCGCUCGCAUUUUUGCAAGAUUUUGUAAAUUUCAAGAAAGAAAGGGCGAAAGAAUCUGCUAAAAGAAGUGAGCCGACGUUAACGAAGGUAAGUUUGUUUUAAAUAUUGAUUUUAUAAUGGAUUUAAUUUAAAACCCGACGGCCUUUGCAUAUAUGAAACAACUAAGCAAGACAGCAUAUUAUUUCAGUGUAUCUUUAGUAAUAUUGAUUCCCUUUCUUAUGAUAUUGAAUUUUUUAAAUAAAAAAGAAAGCAGAGUUAUUUGCAAGCGAGAAUUUGAAGUCAUUUUAUUGCAAACUCAAAGUUUAUCGAUAAAGCCGUUUUAAAAGGCAGUUUAGUUUUAUAAAGAACACUAGUGACUUUAAAACGUUUUGCGAAGCGUUUGUGGUUGAAUUUUACCUUAAAUUGAGGCUUAUAUUACGUAUAAUAACAUACCUAACAUAUAUAUGUUGGGAAAUUAAUACUUUUGUAAUUAAAAGUGAUAUUUUUUAGGCGAUUUUUCAUUUGUAAGAAUAUUUUUAAAAAAUUAUCGUGUUACCAUGACAACUACUUCAGAUACUUCAUGUUCGGAAAAUACAAUGGUUUUGUCUGUUUGUCAGCAAGGCGAGGGUUUCUGCAUGCAUGUAUUUUCUAGUUAGCAGAUGAAUGCUGCUGAUAGCAAGAUUCAAAAUAUUCUUCUGCAAGAUGAUGUCUACCCAUUACUUGAAGAAGUUGGCUACCAGGGAGUGCAUGGACGAGAGACUAAGUCAUCAAUUAACCCAUUAAGCGCCAGCGCUCUCCCCUUGACGAGUAAAAUCGUCUGGCGUUAGACAGAGUAAAAUACCCUGGCAUUAGACAGAGUAAAAUACCAAAUUAGGGUGCAUCAGGGUGCAAUGCGACUCAAUGGGUUAACUAGACACAUGGGCAGAUAGGCCAGUUAACCCAUUAAGCGCCAGCGCUCUCCCCUUGACAAGUAAAAUCGUCUGGCAUUAGACAGAGUAAAAUACCAAAGUAGGGUGCAUCAGGGUGCAAUGCGACUCAAUGGGUUAAAAACCUGAUUGAGUAAGUAUGGUAAAUCCUGUAAUAUGGAUAGGGUUCACACGAACUAGUUUAAGUUAGCCUGCGAACAGGCUCUCUUUGAACUCUCUUUGAACUCUCUUUGAAAUUUGAGAGAGAGCCUGCAGGCCUAGCUAGUAAAAACACGUCUGUGCGUUGCUUAGAACAACGCAUGGUUUCUAUUGGUUGAAAUUGAGUAAUUGGUUAUUAACUACAUUAUACUGCCAUAAAAGUUAAUGAAAUUUACACAACAAUAGAUUCAAGGUAGACGAGUUGUAUAAGAAAACUAAAUUUUUGUUUAAAGUUAAAGGAUGGGCAGUCAAAAGCUCUUAACAAUAUUCUAGACGGAAACGAUGUUUUUGCUGUAUAAGAGAGUUUGGCAAAUACAACGGCAACAUUCUUAUUUUAACAAUAGCAUCUUUACUCUAAGACAAAGGCGAUUAUAAUUUGCAUUCUUGAGCAUUCUAGUACGCUGUAGUUGCUCAAACUCAAGUUGUUGCGGUGUUUAUGUGAAUUCACUUACUAUUGCUACUUAGGGAAUUUCAGGGUUGUUUGAAAGAAAGACAAGUGCUUUUAAAAGUUAGUAAUGUAUGUUUUCGCUCAAAUACAAAAGUAUAAGUAAUUUUGUUUUCUGGCGUUACCUUUGUUGGUUGCCAAACUCACUAAUGACACGUCACUAGUAAUACCGAUAGGAUAUAUAUAUACGGCAAAAACUUAAUAUUCCAACUUUCGGUCCUUGUCGAGGAAAGAAAAAGUGAAGAAACCGCUAUAUAGCCAUCAUCAUUUAUUCAUUUGUCCUCUAAUUAGUAUUAUAGAGGACCAAAUGGAAGAAGCUUGGUAUGAGCUCAGUUUGCGUUAGUGAUGAACUGAACUUAGAGGACAUAAAAUCGGGUAAAUUGCAUUUUAUAUUUGGAUUGGCCGAAAAUGUUCUUCACAAGUAUUUUCUUGACACCUUAAAAUAUUCAAGUUGUUAUUUGCAUAAUCGUUUGGUUGCUUUUGUGAUAGAUGAGUCUCACAUCGUUGAGACGUGGACUGGAGAAAGGAAAAUACAAAUUCAAAAUGCACAUUUUAUUUUUAUGCAUGUCCCGCAUAAUCUUUCAUACCAUUCUGGACCGCUCUCACAAACAAUCCCGAUAUUUUGCAAAAGAACUUCAAAACUAUCUUGCCCCACUGUUGGCUUGAGCAAGUUCACUAUUGGAACAGACUUCCAUGUAUCUCUGUAUGUUACUUUUAAAGAAGCAUUGCAACAACGGCAAAAUUUGUUCACAUGUUCAGCAUUUUUUUUGCGUGUAAAUGUUUUUGGAGUUUCUUUCCAACUUGACAUUAUAGACUUGUUGUAAACAAUCAUGCAUUUAAAUCGAGAUUUGCAUUUUGUUUACAUAUAUUGUUUACAUAAGGCAUGUCUGUAUUAAUUUGUUACAAUGUAUUUUUUUGUUACAUUGUAUAGUGAUGAGGCACAGACGUAUUUUUAUUGACUAAACCGGCAAGCUCUAAUUCAAUUCAAAGAGCCUGUUCGCAGGCUAAGUUUAAGUUAGAUCAACUUGGGUUACCAAAAUUUGAUGGCAGAUGAGGUGUUAGACUUACAAUCACUCACUGUAAUAUAUUCACCAAAGGAUGUCAGAUCUUACAGUUCUAACUAAAGGUAAAGUUUAUAAUAUACUACUUUAUUAACUAAAAUUGAAUCUCCAUGUAGCUCAAUUUGCUUACAGGAGCAAGUUGGCAAAAUAUUACCCCAAUUGUUGCAACUUGAAGAAGGCCUUCAGACAUAUGGGUUACUGGCAUCAAUCCAUACAAAUCCAACAGUUUGGGAAACUGUUUUCGUUAUUGGCAAAGGAAAUUCGGUUACAGCCAGCUCCCUAAUAGAUCCGUUUGAUGUCAAGCAUAGUGAAAACCAGGUGAAAUGA